CGAAUCGAAUAUACGAGCCCAUUAAGGUUAGAGUGGAGCAAUAGAUUUUCUGAUUUUCUCUUGGUUGGCUCCGGUUCAUAAUAACAUGCUGUGUGUAUGUGUGAGUUUGUGUGUUAGUUGCUCGUGUACGUAUACGUAUAUUUCCCCGAAUUGUGCUGUUGAAUUUCCGUUGCGUCACACAUUGCCAAGCCCAAACCGAAAAGAAAACCAACAGCAAUAUUGAGCUUCGGCAACACAUUCACUACUCACUAAACAACGCGACACCAAGUAGUACAGAAGAACAACGCAGCAUAAAACCCUUUUUCAAUUCUUGAACAAAUUUCAAUCAGUCGCCAUAUUGAAAGUGCUGAACAAAGUGAUUUUCAUGAAAAGUUUAGCAAGUCAAAUCUUUGCAUUCGUUUAAUUUUAGUGAUAAAAAAACAUUAAUUUGAUAAAACCGAAUUGGAUGCGAUCAAAAUUUUUGUGAUAUUUUAAUUGGAAAAUUAAUGGAUUUCGGUUUUUCGGUGAAGUGGGUCAGAGUGCAUUCGAAUUAAUAUAUGCCAUCUUUGUGAAACAUAAAAUGCAUUUCUGUGAAAUCAUGUUCUUCAACGUUAAUUAACAAUUCAAUAUCAAAAGUCGCUAGAGAAAAAUAAGAAAUACUAAAGAAAAUCGUUUCAAAAUGGACGAUGACCAACAGUUCUGUCUCCGAUGGAACAACCAUCAAAGCACACUCAUAAGUGUGUUCGACACAUUAUUGGAAAAUGGCACACUCGUAGACUGUACGUUAGCAGCCGAAGGAAAAUUCCUGAAAGCACAUAAAGUUGUAUUAUCAGCAUGCAGUCCGUAUUUUGCGGCUCUGCUAUCUCAACAAUACGAUAAACAUCCCAUUUUCAUCCUAAAAGACAUUAAAUUCCAAGAACUUCGAGCCAUGAUGGAUUACAUGUACAGGGGUGAAGUGAACAUCUCCCAAGAUCAACUUGCCGCUCUACUCAAGGCAGCUGAAUCAUUGCAAAUCAAAGGUUUAUCAGAAAGUCGUGGUGGAUCAACGCAAAAGAACGAAAACGUCGUUCAAAAGCAACCUGUACCUGUCGUUUCAAAAUCUGGCCUUACUAUCGAACACAAACGGCCAGCCAAUAAACAUCCCACCUCUGCUGCCACUGAAUCUGAUGUAUCCAUGUCACGUGAAGGUUCUACUAGUCCGACAUCACGUAAACGAAAAAAGUUCCGACGACGUAGCAUUGAAGUAAACAACAUGGACAAUCACGACCAACUGUCCAACUCAUCGUCGCAAUCGCAGUCCAUCCAUAUGACAAGUAUACCAAUGACUGCCGCUUCACAAAUUACCUCAGCUACCUCCGCCGCAAAUGUAUUGAACGUUACCAAAAAGACUGAUCAUCAUGAUUCGAAAAAGGAUAUGGAACAAAGUCAAGCGGAUGAUGACGAAGAUGAUGACAAAAAUGACCUUGAACCGCCGGCACAACGACAAAAGCACGACAUGGACGUCUCUCAUAUCAAAGAAAAAAUGCAAUCCACUCAUUCGGAAUUGUUGAUUGAACCAAAAAAUGAAUACGAUGAUGGACAAGAUGAGACUGUUGAGGACUUGACACUGGACGAUGAAGAAUUGUUAGAGGAUUUGGAUCAAGCUGGACCAAGUCACGGUGGCGAAGGUUCUAGUCAAGGUUAUGCACAAUGGCAAGUCGGUCAAAAUCAGGAUGAAGUAUUUUUAGCAGCACAGGAAGCGGCCGGACAACAUCGCGAUGCUCAAGGAUCAUCCAACACCAAACAGGAGGACAUUGUUAUGAACGAAUCUUUACUCGAAUCCGAAGACAUAAUUAUAUCACGAAAAGGAAAUAACUUCGUCUUGAAAACUGCGCUGAAAACAUAUGGCACAUCAGUCAUCAAGAGCGCUCCCGUCAAACGCAAGGAUACCGAACAAGUCGUUAAGAAAAUCAGUACGGAUUGCGAUCUCUUCACCGUUGACACUACCGACAAACCUAAGGCCAAAUCAUUUCUAUCCGACGCCAAAGUGACCAUCAGCUCUAUUCCAAAACCAAAGUCCAUCGUUGUCAUUAAAAACAAAAAUAAAGCGGAGGAAACAUCCGUUGAUAUUAUCGACGAUUUCUCGACGGAAUACCGCGAAAUCGAUGAAGUCGACGACAUUGAUCUGGUCGACGCCGACGGUCCCGGUGUAACCAUCAAAUCUGAUGGUACCGAAGUCCAUAAAUAUUCGAUCGUUGCGGUCGGUUCGUCGAAGAAGCAAGAGAUCGUGCUGAACGAUUGCAGUAAUUCGUCGUUUCAUUAUGACAUCAACAGUGAAAAUUCCCUAACCGAGUACGACGAUCAACGUGAAUUGUAUGCAUGCCGUCAUUGCGGCAAAAAAUAUCGCUGGAAAUCGACCUUACGCCGUCACGAAUCGGUCGAGUGUGGCAACAAAGAGCCACGAUACUCAUGCCCGUACUGUGAAUAUAAGGCUAAACAACGCGGCAAUUUGGGCGUGCAUGUGCGUAAGCAUCAUCCCGAUCGGCCACAGUUGCAAAGCUCGCGGAAGCGUUCGACUAAAUUGGACGAUUCCGUUGCUAAUAUCAAAGAGGAAGUUAUGAUGUAAUGGGAUUUUGUGUGUUUUGAAAUGAGGAGGAGAAAUUGAUUUAUUUUUGUAAACUUACUUAUGCAGCAACCGCGUUUCUGAUUGCGAAACGUUUACGAUUAUUCGUUCGAUUUUUUACGAUUAAACUAACUUUAGUUAACGGAUGUCCUAAUUAUAUUUCUUGAUAAUUCUUGAGUCGAUUUAUUUGUGAACAUCUCUACAAACACAGAAUUGUCAACCAAAUUAUGGUUAAUUCGAUCAAUGAUUAAAAUUUGUGAAUUUUUUUUCGACCAUUUUCGAGGAAUUAAUUUUUUGUAGCGUUUUUUUUGGAAAAUUUACGAAACGUUUGGAAAGUAGUUUUCCACAACAAAAAUAGUCCCCCGGAUUAAGUUGUAACGAUAGACUUAAGUAAUUUCGUUCUGAUUCUUUUUAAAAUUUCAGAUUAAUAAUUAACUAGAGAAAUAAGUAAAAUCAUAACUGCAGCGUUAAGAGUAUGUAUGUACGCUACACAUGUAAGGUAGAAUAAAUUACAUUCAAAUAAAAGUUUAAAAAUUAAAAUA